AGUGUAACUCGCCGGAAGCGGCUGGAGGAUCCUCCGCGCAAUUUGCCGACGCCCUACGACCGCGAUGAGGGAGGGCAGACUGCUUCCGCGAGGAUGAUGUGCCUGCGCCUUUCCAUAAACACACGUUAGGAUGACGGAGACGCGGUCUGGCGAUGCUCCUGUCAUGUGCAGGAUGCGAGAAACCGAUAAUGGAUCAGUAUCUGCUGAACGUUUUGGACCGUGCAUGGCACGUCGAGUGCGUGCGCUGCUUCGACUGCAGAGCCGCGUUGCAGGACAAAUGCUUCUCCAGGGAGGCCAAGCUCUUCUGCAGGAACGACUUCUUCAGGCGAUACGGUACCAAGUGCGGCGGUUGCCUGCAAGGGAUAAACCCGCAGGACCUCGUGAGGAAGGCGAGGGACAAGGUUUUCCACCUGAAUUGCUUCACCUGCGUGGUGUGUCGGAAGCAGAUGAGCACCGGCGAGGAGCUCUACGUCCUGGACGACAACAAGUUCGUCUGCAAGCAGGACUACCUGUCGGGCAAGCCACUGCCGGAUCCGCAUCACGUGCACAGCCAUCACGAACCGUCCAACCUGUCGGCAGGCGGAGACUCGCUGAUGGGCUCUGGAUCGGAAGACGAGGACGAGGACGGUAGUGGUGGCCACCACCACCACCACGAUCCUGCCGUGCGCAACGCUCACCUGGGGACGCACAACAUUGGUCCGGGUGGUCCCGGAGACCAGACUGUUGGACAUGGUGGCGAUUUACCUCUCGGGAAUGAUUCCUGCAAGCAGGAGGACUCCGAGGAUCAAGGUUCCCUGGACGGCGAUCCCGAGACGAGGGACAGCCAGACGGAGAACAAGAGCCCGGAUGGCGGCGCCGGUGGUGGCAGCGGCGAUGGCAGCGCCGGCUCGAAACGACGCGGUCCAAGGACCACCAUAAAGGCGAAGCAACUGGAGAUCCUGAAGACGGCCUUCUCGUCGACCCCAAAACCCACCAGGCACAUCAGGGAGCAGUUGGCGAAAGAGACCGGGCUGCCCAUGAGGGUCAUACAGGUCUGGUUCCAGAACAAGAGGAGCAAAGAGCGCAGGCUGAAGCAGUUGACGUCAAUGGGCAGGAACCCCUUCUUCGGCGGCUCGCGUAAGAUGCGUGGCUUCCCGUUGAACCUGAACCCAGGCGCCCUCGGCGGCGAGGACGGCCCGCCACCAGGCUUCCCGUAUUUCGGCGCGGACAAAUUCGAGUUCGGCUACGGCGGCCCGGUGGCCUUCCACCACGAGUUCUUCGGCGCGCAUCCACCCCCACACCCUCACGGGCCGCACUUUGCCGCGGGAAAUCCAGGCCUGGACCCGGCCAGUUUAGCGGGCAUGGCAGCGGCAGUGGCGGUGGCAGGGGAGUACCCACCUCCGGGCGCAGGGGGCGGCCCUCCGGAAUUUCUCACGGGGCCCCCCGGGCAGGGGCCCCCUGCGCCCACCGGCGGCAGCCCCGGCGAGUUCCUAGCACCUUCAGGUGGUGGCCAGGGUAAUCCGGGUAGCGGCGGCGGCGGGAACGGCGGCGGCGGCCCGGGUGGCGGCGGCGGGCCGGGAAGCGGCGGGGUACCGGCCGGCAGCUUCCUCGAGCCGCACCAGAUGCAGAGCGAAGGGCUGGCCUGGUAGUACGAGUUUUAAUUAACGUCCCUUAUAAUAAUAAUAAUAAUUCCGCCCGCGCGCCCAAGACUGCGCGGAGGACACGCGGACGCCGAGAGGCGAGAGCGAGCGGGCGAGCGAGAGCGGACGUCGACAAUGACGAUGACAACGACGACGACGACGCCGGCGAUCUCGAGGUCCGUGGGCGAGCGGAAGCCGCCUCGCUGUUCGCCUUCCCGUUUCCCGUUUCGUUUUCCUACGGCAUUCUUCCGUUCUUUUCGCGCUCCUCCCUCGCACUCGAGCUCGAGUCGCUGGACCUCGGUCGAUUCGAAUCUCUCUCCCGGCUCUUUCUCCUCCUCGCACUCCCCAUGUAAGAUACGGAAACGCGCGCGAGAAGCGUUCGCCCGCGCGCCUUGGUCCCACGGUUAUCGUUGUCGACGCGGUUCGGCACGCUAUUAUCUUUAUUAUCACGCGCUUCGGCGUCGCGACGCCGACGUUACUAUUUUCAUUAUUAUUAUUAUUAUUAUUAUUAAUAUUAUUAUUGUGUAUAAAAUUCGAAAGUCCCGAUCGUGUAAUAUUGUACCCUCCCUGUUGAUUAUUUUUUUUGACGUUACUUUCGAUACACCCUGUAGAUAUCUGCUGUUACAAUGUACACCUGAAUAUAAAGACACACACGUACACGAACGAUUCGCUGGACACACGGUACACGCGCAUACACGGUACACGUACACGCGACUUCACGAGAGUGCAUACAUGCACAAACACGAAUCGCGGCACUUGAAGAGACACGCUGUAUUAAUAUUAUUAUUAAAGUAUAAAUAUAAAUAGGAAAUGUGUAAUUUGUAUCUGUUAAGGCGACGAGAUCGAUGUAAAUACACACGUGAAACACACCACCCAUCCACCCUCUUUGCUGAAGAAAUCGCGCGCGUGCAACUUUGCGAUUGGCGCGUACGGCUGGAUCUCGCCGAACGCCACCAGAAGUGAAACUCUCUUUCUCUCAUUCUAUAUAUAUACAUAUAUGUGUAUCGUUGAUACAGCACACACGAGAGAUAAGGCAGAUCGAGAAGAGACGCGCCGCCGCGACGCGCAUAACGAUUAUAAAUAUUAUAAUAAACCACCUCGUAUUUCCGUA